AUGCCAGCAAGUUUUCAGACGCCAUGCAAAGACGAUUCAGGGAACCCGAAUUGUUCAAAUCUAUACAGGAGUACUAAAGCUCUUGAACAACAAGGACUUGGACUUAUCUCUUGGGACAUAGCAAUCGCAUGCUUAUCGUUAAGCGUCAAGUUUCAUCGAGAUUUCCUUAACCCAUUAGUGCCUGUUUACGCCCACGAAUAUGUCACACUGGCUCCGCACACACUGUCUUAUGAGGACUUGGAGGUGACCUUCGCACCUUCAUCGCUUGCCUCAGCUGUGACUAAUCCUGUUCAGGCUGCUCACCGCGAUAUACUAUCGGCGUUUGAUUAUAGACUAGGAAUCACACCCCAGUCAGUGUUGGAUGAGCUAUGGCUUGCACUCCCGUCACUCCGCUCGUUGCUAGACUUUCAAGAAGGUUGGAAACAAGCAACCAUUACUGCAUGGUCCUGUCUAUUUAACUUUCUAAGGGAACCUGACGUUCAACGCUUUCCUAUUUCGAUCCUAACUUCUGUAUCUCUGAUGGAUGGGAUCUUAAAGAGCCUUUCUGAUCAUUAUCGGUCCGAGUUCUGGUCAAGUGAUAUGUUUGUUGAUGACGGACUUGGCCAACCUUUGGACGAGGAGGCUUUCGACACCAUGGAUGUCUACGAAAAAUGCAAAAAUAGAGCAAGGGAAGAUGCCGAAGGCCCAACUGCUAGAAUGCCGUCUCUGGGUGUCUCACAUCAAAUCUGA